CUUGUCACAAUGGAUCAACAAAGUAGGCCCGAGUAAUAUGUCAUUUCACAAUGAUGUAGAUGCCUUGUCAAAUUGCACUAAAAUCCAUUACAAUCGCCUGCAAAACAUGAGUGGGGUCGAGCCUGAUACGUGGUCCUUCUUGGAGUCCGCAACUUCGAUUCAAUGCGAAAGUUAUCGAGAUGUGGAUAAAUUGGCUAAGAAGAAAGCAAUCAGUAGAGGAACACCAUCUGUAAAAGCAUUGAUCGAUUUAGCAAAAAUUAAACAUCUACUGGAAUUACUUGAAAGCGGAGGUAUUAAUGAAUUGGAGUUUUCGCAAAGAGGAGUGUCAGCAGCUGAGCAACUGGUUCGCAAUUUAAUAUUCAUAAAUCCAAGACCAAAGUCUGAAUUUGAAAUCGUUGACCUCGUACCCAUCCAUCACAAACUGAGUAACGAUCUCCAUUGCUCGCUUACGGGAAAUUGAUCCCGAGGCACCCGAGUUACUUUUGUUGGGGGAAAUAAAUGUUGCUAAUGAGAACAUUAAUAAUGACGAGAAUGAAGGCGAAUCAGAUGAAGAAUCUGAAAAUGAGAUCAACCAGCUUGAUGGCAAUGUGGAAAAUGAAGAAAUAUUUAUUAUGGUUAUAAGUGGCCACCUCAGGAUCUUUUUACAAAUUAUAUUCGAGAUAAGAGUCGAAUUUUCCGUCAGUAAGCUGUUCAUUCUUCUCGAGAUGUUUUCAUCGCCGAUCUCCAUGGCUCCAACGUCGGCAAAACCAGUCCCUGGUAUAUUCUUUCUUCAGGUGCCUGUUGUAGUUAUCAUAUCUCAUCUUCGUCGAGAUAUUCUUCAUCGAUUCUCUUCAGUUUUGAUCGCGCCAAAA